AUGGAAUGGUACUUCAGGAAUGAAGUACCAGUAGAAAUGCUCAAUAAAUGGAAUAAAUUUGUAUGUGAUUUAAGUUCAGUGGGUGUUAUUUCCUUACCAAGAUGUCUAUAUGAAAAAAGUACAGAUAAGAUAAAUAAGUGUUAUUUACAUGGGUUUGCAGAUGCCAGUAAGAAGGCUUACUGUGCAAUGAUUUAUUUAGUAUACGAGACUGAUACUGGAAUGCAUUCAGGAUUGAUUUGUGCUAAGACAAGGGUUGCUCCGCUUAAGGAAUUAAGCAUUCCAAGGUUAGAACUUAUGUCAGGUCGUAUUUUAUCUACACUUAUGGAGACUGUGUAUAAUGCGUUAAGCCCACAAAUUAAGAUAGACGGUUGUAGGUACUGGUUAGACAGUAAGACAGCAUUAUACUGGAUAAAUAAUCAAGGUGAAUGGAGGCAAUUUGUACAACAUAGGGUCAAUGAGAUUCUGAAAAUUUCUAAAAAGGAAGACUGGGGACAUUGUAUUGGAGUUUGUAAUCCAGCAGAUUUGGGUUCUAGGAGAGUCUCUGCAACAAUUUUAAGAGAUAGCAGACUUUGGUGGGAAGGUCCUCAUUGGUUGUCCAUGGGGAAGGAAUAUUGGCCUAAAAGUUUCACUCUUGAGGAUUCACCAGAGAUUAUGGAGGAAAAAAGGAAAACUGUAAAUGUUACAGCAGUAAUAGAACAAAACAAACUAAGUGUGACUGAAAUAAUAGAGGUGGAUAAAUUUAGCUCUUUGAAGAGAUUAUUGAGGAUCCGUUUCGUCACUAACUUAAGGUCUGCAAGGGAAGGUAAGAUAUUGAAAUUAGGGGAAUUAGACUCGGAGGAAGUUUCAAGGGCAGAAAGGAUUUGGAUUAAGGGCUCACAAAUUGACCUUAAGAAACAACCAGGGUAUAAUGAGAUUGCAUUGAAAUUGGGACUUUUCGAAGAAGAUGGCAUUUUAAAGUGCAAGGGCCGCUUGGAAAACUCAGAUUUAGCACUAGAAACUAAGUUUCCGAUUAUUCUACCGAAUAAUAAUUGGUUUACGCGUUUGGUUAUUGAGGAUUGCCACGAAAGGGUAAUGCAUGAAGGUCUGAAAGCAACGCUCACGGAAUAUAGGUCUAGUUUUUGGACAACAAAAGGAAGGCAGUAUGUAAAAAAGAUAUUGAGGGAUUGCAGAAAGUGCAAAAAGGUACAAGGUAAAUCGUACGGUGUACCAUCAGUCGCACCUUUACCUGAAUUUCGUGUCAAGGAAGUACCACCAUUUACCUACAUAGGUAUAGAUUUUGCUGGACCAUUGUUUUAUAAAAGCAAAAUAGGUAAGAUGGAAAAAUGCUAUAUUGCACUUUACACCUGUGCUACAUCAAGGGCAAUACAUCUUGACCUCGUUGAAGAUAUGUCAGGACCGACCUUUAUAAGGAGUCUUAGGCGUUUUACAUCUCGUCGUGGUACGCCUUCGUUGAUUAAUUCAGACAACGCUAAAACUUUCAAGUUCACCAAUAAGUUUCUAGAUAAGCUGGGAAAUAGUCGUGAAGUUUCAUCAUAUUUAGUUGAAAAGAAAAUAACAUGGCGUUUCAACUUGGAAAGAAGUCCCUGGUGGGGAGGUUAUUUUGAGAAAUUGGUCGGAAGUGUAAAGAGGUGUUUAAGAAAGGUGCUUGGAAAUGCCAAGCUAACAUUUGAUGAGUUGCAUACCGUGCUGUUAGAAGUUGAGGCGACACUUAAUUCGCGCCCCUUAACGUAUAUUUAUGAUGAAGUUGAAGUUUACCCACUUACUCCGUUUCAUCUUAUGUACGGUCAUAGAUUGUCGCAAUUAGCUGAUGAUUUAGAUAUCAACGAUUUAGAACUAGAGGAGAGUUCAUCAGCAUACUCUAAGCGAUUUUGCUAUUUAAUUAAAAAAUUAAGUCACUUUGCAGGACGCUGGAGAAGGGAAUAUUUAACAGAACUCAGGGAAUUUCAUAGAAAUAACAGGAAUGGAGAAAUAAUUGUGUCCGUCGGGGAUAUAGUAUUGGUGCAAGAGGAACACGUCAAAAGAAAUUCAUGGAAAAUGGGGAAAAUCGUGGAACUUGUGCAAGGGAAAGACGGUGUUGUUCGGGGUGCAAAGGUAAAAGUAUGUGGUAGUGGUAAGUCAGAAAUUUUAUCUCGACCUUUGCAAAAACUUUUUCCUUUUGAACUUGCAAGAAUGAACGAAAUCGCAGGAAAAAGUACGGACAUCGAGAGGAAAGAGAACGAAGUACGGGAACAGAAUGCUUGUGAAUUUUCACCUAUUGUAAUUUGUCCUAAUCGCGUCGUAGAACCCCAGCGUAGGAAAUCUAAACGCGCAGCAGGUCAGGAUUCGCAGUGGAAAACCCGUUUGAUGCUUGACUCUUAA